UCGAGUGCUAGUGGUGAUGAUAACGGCUAAAAUUUUAUGUUUUUGAGAAGGCUUUUCAUAUUAUGGAUCUGAUUUUCUCUCCUUUACAUGAUGGAAUGUAUGGAUAUCAUAGACUACUCGUCAUUAAUAGUUCCAAUCUCAUAUAUAUUCAGUGGACAUUUCAAAAUGUGAUGGAGUUCCUGUGGUAAAUCUUUGAUUUACCUGACAGGUCUGGGAUGCUACUCUCGCUUCGGUUUGACAGGUAAAUGAUGAAGAUUGCGUUUCUGCCGAAUGGAGAGUUCUCCCAUCUUAUACUAAUUAUGUAGAAUGAUGAAGAGAAUUUUGUUCUUGCAGUGCCUCCUGUAUGCUAACCUCACUAUUCUAACUUAAUCUUUUAAGCCUGAACUUGUCAGACGUAUCAGUUUAUUAAUUACCCCCUCGAGUUAUACAUUCGAUAUUUGGAUUAUUCUGACAUCAGAGAUAUGAUGGAACAUUUGAUAUUCUCCAUUAUCUGCUCAAUGCGAAACUCUUGCUACCAUCUUAAAGCAAGAGAGAGCUUUAAACUUUCUUGUCUUAAAAGAUGAGUGCAAAGAUAUAUUAACUUGUAUUGUGAGAUGGUGAUGAAGAAAACAUGUCACUUUCUUGUUUUUAUAUCUGUUUGGUCAUUGGGUGUUUACUCAGGUGUUUCUCAACUAGAACCAGAGUAUACCACUGCACUUCUUGGUGAAGAUGUUAUUCUCCCUUGCACAUUUUCAUUCCCUGAAGGAACUCCUGUACCAUAUGUUGUACAGUGGCAGAAGCAAGAUGUGAAAAUUCCCAUCUAUAUAUGGUAUGAUGGAUAUCCUCCUCAUGCUGGAGAAGGAUAUGAAGGCAGAGCUUCACUUGGUGGUCUGGCUUCUCUAAAUUUGACUGCUGUAAGAGAAGCAGACCAAGGAUGGUAUGAAUGCAAAGUGUAUUUUUUAAAUCGACCUCCAGAUUCACCAAAGAAUGGUUCAUGGGUUCAUCUUGAUGUGCUUGCCCCUCCACAUUUUAAAUUGAAACCUCCAGACACAGUAUAUGUGAAAGUUGGGGAAUCUGUUACAUUAAAUUGUGAAGCAAUAGGUACCCCUCUUCCUGUAAUAUCUUGGUUUAAGGACAAUCUACCGCUGCAAUCUUCUCCUACUGUACAGAUAACUGCUUCUGAGCUACGAAUAAAUAACAUUCAACAAUCAGAUAUUGGGGACUACUUGUGUGUUGCAAGAAACAAAGAAGGAAGUGUAAAUGCUUUAACAAAAGUCAUUGUUGCAGGGCCUGCUGUCAUUACUGUGCCUCCUCGAAACACCAGUAAGUUAGAAGGUGGCAAAGUGGAAUUCAUAUGUGAAGCCAAAGCUCUACCAGCUAAUAUAACCCAUCGAUGGUAUCACAAUGGUAUUGAUAUUAGCCAACUCACUUGGUUGGAGAGUCGCUCGCUGGUGCGCAAAGAUGGACUACUGUUCAUCAGCCCUCUCACAGCAGAAGACUCUGGGCUGUACACUUGCGAGGUCUCAAAUGGAAUUGGCAAUCCUGACUCUGCAUCAGUUUACUUGAGUGUUGAAUAUCCAGCUAGAGUUACUUAUUCUCCAACUAUACAAUAUCUGCCUUCUGGCCUCUCAGGUAUUCUUCGAUGCUAUGUUCAAGCCAAUCCUCCUUUCCAGUCUAUUCACUGGACCAAAGACCGUAGACCAUUCGAUCCCAAUGCCAAUCCAGGAGUGGUGACAUUAAACAAUGGCUCUCUGCUGUUUCAACGAGUAAGCCACGAACAUCAAGGCAGAUAUCGAUGCACCCCUUACAAUGUUCAUGGUACUGCUGGAACAUCUAAUAUCAUGGAGGUAUUAGUGAGAGAUCCUCCUAUGUUUACUGUAAAGCCUCGUGAUACUUACCAGAAGCCGGUGAACAGUGAAGUAAAAAUGCCUUGUGAAGGAUCAGGACAGCCAAAACCUACUGUUGUCUGGAGAAGGGCUGAUGGUGAAAAAUUGCCCAGGGAGCGAGCUGUGAUCAGGGGAGGGAAUUUAACAAUCAAAGGUUUGCGCAAAGAAGAUCAUGGCAGAUUUGAAUGUGUUCUGGAGAAUGAAAUAGCAACUUUGGUUACUAGUACUCUCUUGCUAGUAGAAGGUACCACUCCUCAUGCUCCUACAAAUGUGACUGUCAAUACAAGUUCAUUUGAUGCCACCCUUACUUGGCUUCCAGCUUAUGAUGGGAACUAUGAACAGACCUAUGUCAUAUGGUAUCGCCUGGCAGAUCAAGGCAUCAGUGAGUGGCGUACAGUGCGGGUUGUACCUGAAGGUGCAACAACAGUCACACUUUAUAAUUUACAGCCAGAUACAGAAUAUGAAUUUCAAGUUUUAUCAAGGAAUAUUUUAGGUGAUGGUUUGUUCAGCCCUAUUGUUAAAGCCCGGACUAAGACAUGGGAUUACCUUGGUGGUGUUUAUCCUACUGAUGCUUAUGGCGCUACUUACAUUCCUACAGUACAAAAACCUUCUGGUCCCAAACCAUGGCCUCCUAGAAAUGUAACUGUGGAGAAGGGGCCUUUAGGUGUCAUAAUAUCCUGGCAACCACCAAAAAAUCAGACUGUACCUGUUGCAUUUUAUUUUGUGGAACAUCGAACAGAUGACGGCCAAUGGCAACGUUGGGGACCCAUUAGGGAUGAAACAUCAUAUUUAGUACCAUCAUUGACCAGUGGCCAGACAUAUCACUUUCGAGUUUAUGCAUAUUCUAUUAUGUCUGUGGGGUCUGCAAGUUCCGAAGUAAUUUAUCAGUCUCAAGGCGAUGAUGAAAGCUACGGUCGAAACAAAGCGAUUACUGCAGGUGUCGUUGGGGGUAUAUUGUUUUUUAUUACUGCAAUAAUUUUGGCAAUUUGUGCCGUAAAGAUAUGUAAUAAACGCAAAAGAAGAAAAGCCGAAAAAGCAUAUAUGAUGGUAACAUGCUCAUUGCCAGAUCAGAGGAAUGGAGGUCACUCACAUGCAGGCUCUCCUCUUCCAAUCAAAAAUUCUUCAAUUCUUUCUGACAGAAAUGAAGAAGGCGGAAUACCAAGUUUAAAAUUUCCCUGUCUGGCCAGCUUAGGUAGAAUAGGCUUAGCAUCAAAUCCCAGAGAGCGAACAAGAACAUUUCAUGGGUGGCCUGUUCAUUUGAGACAUCCCAGAGGUGCUCGUUACAACAUCCAGAUGGAAUAUUCCCAACCUCUGGGCUGGAUAAGUCGCUCUGCAGAUGGUAAAUUUGUGCUGCGUGGCAGUGCUGACGAUGAAGAGGGAGGUUUUAUGAGAACAACACAAACUGCAUCUCACUCCCUCAUUCCGUCCAACCAUGCAGGAGCCAGGGGUAGUAUCCGCAGUGAUGGCAGUGGACAGAGUAGUCACAAUCUGCACUUGAGUCCCUCGACCCCUUCUUAUGGUCCGUAUGCGACUCCAUCUCGCUUUCACACAAGUAGCCCUGGAUUAGGGGGCUCCUUUUUUGCAGAGGAUAUCAGUUCAGUUCGCCAGCCAUCUUCUGUGGAGCGCUCCUUUCCAAGCACAGUGUCCAGUCACUUGACUCCACCUUUUCCAAUGCACUUUCGCCCCAUACACAGAGCUCAAGAUGCACCUCCACCUUCCUGGAUGCUUCAUCAACAAGUUUUAGGAUCUCCUAUCCAAAACUCGUGGCAUCAAGGAUGGCCUGGAUCUCGGCGCUGGCUGCCAGUCCAGGCUUAUCCAACUAACUCAACAGGACCUCGUUUUUAUCCACUUCGUCCAGCUAUACCAAGAGGCUAUAACAGUGGCCCUGUUCAUCCCCGUCAACAAAUUUCUCCUUCUUACCAGCGCCCUUUGGCUACCAGCAGUCCUCCCAGACUGGAAUUCAGUGGGGUGAAUGGGGCUGCUCAAGGUCCUGACUCUAGUGAGAGUGGUGGCAGCGAUGUGCACCAAGUGACAUACACAAGGGAUCGUCUCCUGGGUGCUGUGGAACGUGUUAGAAGUGCUGCUUAUCACAGACAACAACAACUUCCUGGUGUUGAACUCCUUUCUGAAAUAGAUGGGCCACUUGCGACAAAUCGUCGACUUGCUACCCCAAGUCGCACCAGUGUCACAAGUGGUAGUUCUGGUCAUGGAAGUAAGGCUGCAUCUCUAGCCCAUUCAAGCCUGCAAGGAGAGCUAGACAUGAACAAUCGCAGUGGCAGCAGUAGUGGUUUUGCCAGCAGGAAUCACUCUGCUGCUUUUGCAUCAACUUCACUCACACCAAAUGGUGUACACACUAUUCAUCAUCACAAUGAGGGAUCCUCUCUUUUUGAGGCAGACUCUCCACAUUCAGAACCAGCCCUACCUGUUGUUGAUGGUUUUACACGUUCGCGCAGCAGGGCAGGUGGUGUUGCACGUCACGUAAGAGAUGGCUGGAGUGAACGUGGUCUCAGUGAUAGUGAAUUGUGUGGUGGUCUGUAUCCUACAGGACCUCGCAAAUAUGAAAAUACUGAGGCUAGAUGUGCAGCUCUCAAAGAAGAAUUUCUACGCUUUAGACAGAGACAACGUGAGAGGCAACGUUCUGUAGAACUUGAGAGUACUUGCUGAAAUUAUAUGCUGCCAAAUUCAAGUGAUGAUGUUUCUUCAUUUGGGCUGCACAGAGAUUGCUGUAGCUUCCAGUUGUGCAAUAAGUAGUCUCUGUGGUAUGGAGGCUGGGCUCAUGUUUCUGUUUAUAGACUUAACAUGACAACCAAGGUUUUCUGAUGAAAAUUUUGGAGUUCUUUUAUUUAUUGUUCCUACAGUUUUUAUCUGUAUUGUUAUCAGAUUUAAAGAUUCUCAAUAGUUUAAAGGUGUUAUAUCAUCCCAUCUUCUAGUUAAUGUAUACUACAGAUUAUUUUCUUUAUUGUCUGCACAUGUAUGUAUAUAGGCUAUGUGUGUUUGUGAAAGUGUAUUUGAAAAUGUUAGGGGUAAAUCAAAUGUAAUUUCUGGUUUAAAGUAAAUAUUCUGACUAUAUAAAUUAUUGUAGCAACAGAUUUUAAUUAUAUCAUUUGCUUCAUUUUUUGAUUGCUAUAUAUAGUUAUUUCUUGUUAGGUACCAGAAUCUUUUAUAACCAUUCCAGAUAUUACUCAUUUAGCUUUUUUCAUAUAUAAAACAUUAAAAAUAAAUAAGUAAAUAAAUAAAUAAAAUUAUCUUUAGUACUCUUCCG